UGGCAAAACCCUGAAAAAAAAAAAUGGAGAUGGCUGUCGACGUGUCUUAUCCAUCACGAUUACAUCUUAUCUAUUUGCCUACUUGAAUCUACCGCUUCUACUCUCGCUAAUUCCAUUUUCUAAUCAUAAAUAUUUUUAUUUACCUCAAAACCGAGUGAAUUAAAAAAAAAGAGAACAAGUGCAAUGAAUUAUUGAUCGUAAAAAAUCGAAUCAUUUGAAGGGAAGUGGAAUUUAGUUGGAAAAAACAGAAGAUUUUAUGUGAAUUACGAAAAAUGCAGUAAUUACCGUGGAAUGAGUCAUGGAUAAUUAAUUCUGGUGGAAUUAAUUCGGGGGAGGAUUUUACUAACUGCAGUGACCUUGGAUUUUCUAUUCAUUCAUUAUGUUAUUUAUGUCUCGAUUUUUAGAGGAGUUUUUCAUUCGCUCGAUGGAUUGUGAAGAUUUUUAUUGAAAAUUUUUAUUGAAGAACUAGAAUUACGAAAUUCAAUAUUCAAUAUUCAAUAUGAACGCUAAUAUUUUUACGGUACCUGGGACAACACGAAAGAGUGCAAUUGAAUCGAUCGCAUGUGUGCCAUCAAUUUAGAGUUAAGACUAUCAACGUGAGAUGGAUAGUGGUACCAUUAGUGGUUUUGGUGUUGGUGUUGCUGGUGGAUCGAGUCUGGCAAGUGGUCAGCAGGGUCAGGGAAUUGUCGCAUUAUUGGUCAUGCUGGCUGUCCUAUGUAUUAUAUUUAUCUACUGCUGCUGGGGUGCACCCUUCUGCAGAUCAUUAUGCAGAAGACACUGUUGUUGUCGAUUAGAGGAUCCAGAAUGUGACUCACGAUUGGAGAACAGUGAGCAGACAAUGGUUGCCACUCCUACUAUUAUUCUUCUACCACAUGGAAGAAUGCUGGUCGUUGAUGGGACGAUAUUCACACAGUUCCAAGGAGAUUCCACAGGACUGGAUCUUGUGGAAUUGGGAGAGAAUGUGAUUCGAGCCCAGAGAAAUCCACGCUGCGUUGACAGGCAUCAGCUUCAAAGCAGUCAGGGAAGUAUUCUCGAAAUGGAUGCUGAAACUCCGAGUAAAGACAGUAUGGGAUCAGUAGGAUGUUUUCCUCCCCCUACAUAUGAGAGUAUUUAUGGAAAAGAUGGCAGGGAAAUGCCACCGUCGUAUUCAGAUAUUUUACUGCACAGAUUUGCAAAUCUUCCUUACGAAAUUGAACUUCAGGACAGUUGCACCAACAACAAAGAGGACAUAGAGAUGCACAGUCUAGACGGAUGUCCACAUAUCAUAAACAAUCCAAUGAGCAACAUGGCCUAUCACCCUUACGCAACAGUGACAUCAUUUUCAAGCCGAAGUUUUCCGCGCAGCAAUAUCUCGAGGAACUCAUCAGUAAUCAUAAAUCCCGUGGAUAAUUUUUACAUCACCAACGAGUUAGGGAGUGUUUAUGCAAUCAAUCAAGGGAAUAUUGCGCUCUCAGACUCCAGGAGAAAUAUUUCUAACCAAGAAAUUAUUCUUCAUAGUAAUGUUAACGCUUUGAACAUUCUACAGAAUUCAUUGGAAGGCAGACCAUCAGAGGAAAAUAUUGAUAUUAUAGGUGUUCAUGAUAAUAUAGGAGAUGCAAUUGAAUCGAAUCUUAUGGACAAUAGAAAUUUGAGCUUUCCGAAUGUCACAAUGAGAAAUGGAGAAAUCGGUGGAGAAAUCGUCAGUGCGGAUAGACGUAGAGUUGAUCUCGAUGGAAGAACUUCGAGGCAGGCUAUGAGGCCAGACGAAAUUGAUCACAGAAUUCAUCAUGAAGAGGAUGAUAAUGAUUUUGAAGCUCUAGCUGAUAUCAGGGAGAGUAGAGUGUAAUUCUGGAGAGUUUGGACUAAUGUACCCAGACCAAGUACCUCGCAAGUGAGUAAUCCGCAGGCUACCAUGAGCCCAAUGGCACCACCACC